AUGAUUCGGCACACUUCGAGGUCUUUUCGCCUUCCCGGUUUACGCCGGGCAUGGUCCGGUCGCAACCUUUGGCCCAACCAUCUGGCAACAUCUUCUACAAGAUCAGCGCCACGAGUUGCCUAUAGAAACUUUUCGGUAGCUCUGCGGCAGCAUAUGAGACCGACACCUUCUUUCCGCAAAGAAAUUCCUUUCUCACAGCUUCUGGAGGAAGACCGCUCGCUUUUGACGGAAGAGAGAGCAGCAGAUAAUGUGGAUGUCUGUAUCAUUGGAGGAGGCCCUGCGGGAUUAGCCACAGCAAUCAAGUUGAAGCAAUUGGACAAUGAGGAAGGCAACGGUGAUUUGCGGGUUGUGGUGUUGGAAAAAGCACCAGACUUUGGAUCGCAUAUUGUCAGUGGAGCUGUUCUUGAGCCGCGGGCAUUGAAAGAGCUUUUUCCCGACUCUGAGUUUUUGAACGAAGAUGGAUCGGGAAUUCCUCUUCCGCCAGACUUGGUCACUCUUGUCGAACAUGAUGACAUGAAGUAUUUGACCAGUGAGUAUGCAUUUUCUUUGCCAGAACCUCCGCAAAUGAAGAACCACGGAAAAAAUUAUAUUGCGUCUCUCAGCUCGGUGGUACAGUACUUGGCCGAACAAGCGACAGACUUGGGUGUUGAAACAUACCCUGGUGUUUCUGUCAGCGAACUUGUGUACGGAGCUAACGGUGCUGUGAAAGGCGUGGCUACUAGAGACGUUGGAAUCGGGAAAAAUGGAGCUCCCAAAUCUUCUUUUGAAAGGGGAAUGGAGUUCCAUGCGAGAAUCACAGUUUUGGCAGAAGGAUGCCAUGGCUCGCUCACGAAGAGUGCUGUUGCCAAGUUCGAUUUGCGCCAAUCCUCUGAUCCGCAGACGUAUGGACUUGGAAUCAAAGAAGUAUGGCGUGUUCGUGACGAAAAUUUCGAGCGUGGCUUUGUAGGCCACACCAUGGGAUAUCCAUUGUCUGCUGGUGUGUAUGGCGGAGGAUUCCAGUAUCAUUUUGGGGACGGCUUGGUUGCUGUGGGCUUGGUGGUUGGUUUGGACUACGCUAAUCCAUACAUUUCUCCCUACCAGGAAUUCCAGAAAAUGAAAACACAUCCAUACUACUCGAAUGUUUUGGAAGGUGGGGAAUGCGUUUCAUAUGCCGCUCGUGCACUUAACGAGGGCGGGUAUCAAUCAAUUCCUAAACUUCAUUUCCCAGGCGGGCUUCUUGUCGGUUGCUCUGCUGGUUUUAUGAAUGUGCCAAAAAUUAAGGGUACGCAUACGGCCAUGAAGUCUGGUAUUGUCGCAGCUGAGUCUAUUUUUGAUGCUAUCAAGGAGUUGGAUGCCGUGGACGAAGAAACUGAUAUGGAGGAAAAUGUUUUCGACUUGGCGCAGUAUGAAGAAGCAUUCAAGCAAUCUUGGGCAUACGAAGAGCUUUACGAAGUCAGAAACGUCCGUCCCGCCUUUAAUUUGGCUGGUGGUCCGUUGGGAUUUUUGACUGGUCUUGCACACUCUGGAUUGACUACUAUGAUUACUCGUGGUUCCGAACCAUGGACAUUGUCUCAUUCGCACGGUGAUGCUGAAGCGACCAGAAAUGCCAAAGACUUUUCCCCAAUCGAGUACCCUAAGCCAGACGGAAAGCUUACAUUCGAUAUUUUGACUUCGGUUUCUCGUACCGGAACGUACCAUCAAGACGAUGAGCCAUGUCACUUGCGUAUUCCAAACCAGGACCAUAGAAAACAUGCCGAACUUUCAUGGCCACGCUAUAAAGGAAUUGAACAGAGAUUCUGUCCUGCUGGAGUGUACGAAUACGUGGAAGACGAGAAUGAGCCUUUGGGAGUGAAGUUCAACAUUAACAGCCAAAACUGCAUUCACUGUAAGACUUGUGAUAUUAAGGUCCCUGACCAAGACAUUAAUUGGACUGUACCCGAGGGAGGCGAUGGGCCAAAAUACUACAUGACAUAG